CUGUUGCAGUGUUGUUGUUGUUGUUGUUGUUGUUGUUGUUGUUGUCAGGGUUAAAGGAACAACCACCCGCUGGUGCCUGAUGCAAAGGGCAACCAACCUGGCCACGUGAGACCGGAUUCGUGCCUCAGGCAUACUAUUACAGGCCUCAGGCCCCAAGCACCAGGCAGCCAGGUGUCAACGAGUUGUUGCCUGCCCGCCAACACAAACAACAACAACAACAACAACAACAACUCAGCUAUUCUUCCCUGUUGGGGACAGACGAUGCAGAAAAGCUGGCCGGUCGUGUUCUCUCAACUCGAAUCCACUGCCCUCUCCAACCCCUCCGCCGUGUCCGACCGGGUUCGACGACGCCUCCUGGACUUCCCCGAGCCUGAGGUCCAGCGAGCCAACAUCGCUGUCGACAACGGACGAAUAUCUAGGAUACCUCCUGCUGCGGUUGUAGCAGCUGGUACAUAACAUUUACAGCGCCCGACGGUUCCACAGUGCGCAAUAAUCGAUGUGACAUCUGGGGGUGGGUAGGCGCACAGAGCAGCAGGAACCAGGCAUUUGUCUCGAUGGAUGGUUCUGACAGGAUUUCGGGGCUUCGACGACCCUCCUCCAUCUGCGUUGUGCCCUCACUGGGAUGCCUGUUCCGGCAGGCCAAGGUCAGCACCGCAGAUGGCAAUGGCACAGCCCGUCUCGGUUGGCGUAAGACGA